GUUUUUAUAGUAUCGAUCAUAAAAUUAGUAUAAAAUAUAACGUUACAGUUUCGUAACAUUCAAUUUAAUACCAAAUUUAUAAGCGAUAAAUAUUCGGCUAAAAUCAGGAUGGCAUUAAACCGCAUUGCAGCCAAGAAAAUCGCUAACUACGUUGGCACGCUGACGACUAAAGUAAUGGAAGGAAAGCAGUCACAUACCUCUGAAGACAUUAGCAGAUACAUCCAUGGCCAGAUGGUGUCGGACAUAAGGACUAGGAUAAAUACCAUCCUGGCGAUAGGAAUCGAAUUGGGAAGAGUGGCUCAGGAGGGGAACAGGUUCAAAGUGAACAAGGGGAUCGUGAGGUUGGACAGAUCUUUGGACAACUGCAAGCGCAAGAAGAGGAACAGUGUCCGGAUUGGCAAGAACGGAUCCAAGUGUCACUGCAGGGCGAGGGCCUUGGACAAGGCCAGGACGCCGCGUUUAUACAAACGGGAAGAGAGGAGGUACUUCAACAUGGGCGGUAAGAAAUGAGCUGUAUUGGUUGGAUAAAUGUUUGAUGUUCUGUACCUAAUAAAGACCUUUCCCUAUCACAUCUCUUGAAUGCAUUGUACCGGGUGUGCCAUGAAGCGAUCACUCAAUGUUCGCCUUAGAUUUAAUUUUAUCUGAUUGUUUCAACCAGAUGUGCAUUCAAUACUCACCUUACUGAGGAUAAUAGUGCUCGAGAAGCGCUACCUAAAGUUAUGUAGAUGCUCGAAGGAUUAUUUCUCAAGAUGGCUGAAAAAUGCCAAAUAAAUAAAGUAAAUGAACAGAGGAACGGGGCGAUGAAAGAUGAACACACUGCUAAAGAAAUCACCGAUUUCAUUCACACAAGGAUAGUAAAGGAAAUCAAGUGCAGAAUCAAUACGAUCCUAUCGAUGGGAUUGGAAUUGGGAAAGGCAACAAAGAAAAUCGAGCAAGCAAAAAAGACUAAGGGCAAGAGUAAACAGAUUAAGGGCUUACACAACCGAAGGAAAAACAAAGGACAUAGAGUAAAGCGAAAUAUUUUUAUUCAAAGGAGCAUUCGCGCCAUGUGCCCGAAAUGCCACAUGUCUUGGAAGAUGAAUAAGUACGUCAGGAAGAAGAUACAUCGUCAACCAGUGUUUCGUUGUCGAUGUGGAAAAUAUAAUUGCCAGAAGAAACGACGUAGGUAAUUAGAGAAAUAGAAACUAAAUGUUUUUGGCUGCAUAAAUUGUUAUUCCCCUAC